UCGUCGUAUCCCCGGGCCGGCCCCGUACAGUGCAGUGGUGGGCGCGGCGUCGCAUGGCAGCGUAAUACUUCGUGACGACGUUCGCAAACUGAAGAUCUAUCGCCGAGGUUUUGGGCCAUUCGGGGAGCUUUGUAAACUCGUAAUCAUGUCAUAUAGUGAAGGAACCAGCUCUCAGCAAGAUGAAAUUGCCAUAUCCUUCCACUACCUGCCAUGGAGGAAGGCCAAGGAGGCCGGCCUCCUCAGCAUGAUGAACAUAAGGGACAAAGAGGAGAAUGAGACCUCCAACGAUGAAGCUGAGGAGCCCAGACACUGCGGCGUGUGCUGGUCCACCGAUAUGACAAGAUUUAUGAUAUGCUGCGAUUACUGUGAAGUGUGGUACCACGGGGACUGCAUUGGCUUAGAGAAGGAAACCUCUGAAUGCAUGAAAAGAUAUGCAUGCCCACCAUGCUCUGCCCUAAUAGAGACCAAUCCAGACGCCCAGACUUUUGACAAAGAGAUUCAGGAGGGCAAGGACCCAGCCGAGCAGGAGUCAGGCAGGGAGAAGGAGCCAGACGGAGACAAGGACGACACAGAGAAGGCAUCCCAGAAGAUGCUCAAGAAGACAAGGAAGAGAAAGAAGCUGAGGUUCUCCAUGCAAAUUGAACGCCAAAAGAGAAAAUUCAAAAGGGAGGAGACGAUAAAACAGAUAAAGAAGAAAACUAAGACAUCGACCAGGGAGGAGACAAGGAAACAGAUAAAGAAGAAGAAAACUAAGACAUCGACCAGCUUCACCUCGAAACAAGAAGCCCACAAGGCAACGGGGACAGCAGUGAGGCAAUCAAAGCGAUGCGGUCAGUGUGGGCCUUGCCAGGUAGUCAACGACUGUAGAAAGUGUGAUUUCUGUCUGGAUAGAAAGAAAUAUGGUGGCCAGAACAAACUGAGACAGAAGUGUCGGUUGAAACAGUGUGUCCGAUUGGCCAGUUGGCAUGCGAAGCGAUGCGGUCAGUGUGGGCCUUGCCGGGUAGUCACCGACUGUGGAAAGUGUUAUUUCUGUCUGGAUAAGAAGAAGUUUGGUGGCCAGAACAGACUUCGACAGAAAUGUCGGUUCAAACAGUGCGUCCAAUUCGGUAGUGAUGUGAAUAAGUACAGUGGCCUGAUCAAACUGAAAAAGAAGUACGUCCGAUUGGCCAAAAGGAAGCAGAGGAGACCAAAGCGAUGUGGUCAGUGUGGGCCUUGCCAGGUUGUCAACGACUGUGGAAAGUGUGAUUUCUGUCUGGAUAAGACGAAGUUUGGUGGCCAGAACAAACAAAGACAGAAGUGUCGGUUCAAACAGUGCAUUCGAUUGUCCUUUACAUCUCUGAGGAAGCAACGUAUGUUUAAGCAGUCGGAAUCCUGGAAGACAAACAGCAUAGAUACAGAUACCAACUCACAGAGCAGCUUUCCUGAGCUCUACGCCAGGACACCUCCUCCCACUGUUGAUGUCAGCUUAGUGGAUCACUUUGGCCACUCCACAAGACCUGAGAUGGACCCUGCAAUAGAGAAGAAGAGAAAGUACAAGAAGGAGAGACAAUGGGAAGGCGAAGGGACACAGAAAGAACCAGAGAAGCGCCAGCAAUUCGAGCAGAAGCCCACCAUCGAUGAGCUGAAAUUCAAGCGAGUCCGGCAGUUUCACACAGCGGCAGAGGAGGACUCACCCCAGUGCUACGGGCAAGGCUGUGUCAAAGGCGCCAGGCCUGGCAGCAAGUACUGCUGCGAGGCCUGCUUUCUCAAACCGGCUACCAAGGGUGAGACUACAAGUGCCCGAUCAGCGACAGUGGAGACAACAGCCAGGAGGUGGAAGACCUUGUCAAUUGCUGAGAAGGUUCAAUUCAUCGCAGAAGUUGAGAAUCGAGGCUUUAAAAGCAAGACUGACAUCGCUAAGGAAUGGGGAAUGCACCCAUCCACACUGUGUACCAUCAUGAAGAACAAGGGAAUGGUGUUGGAGCAGUUCCAAAACCAAUCUGUUGCUCCAGCAAGGAAGCGCAUGAGAGAGGCUGCAAUGCCCGAGGUGGAAGAAGCUUUGCUGACGUGGUACAAGGCAGCACGUGCCAUGAACAUUCCAGUGUCGGGGCCGAUCUGUAAAGAAAAGGCGAGAUAUCUGGCCAAGAAGAUAGGAUUUCCUAACUUCAUAUGCACUGAUGGAUGGUUGGUUGGUUUUAAGAUGCGACAUAACAUCACCUUCCAUGCUGUUGCUAGAGCGGGUGCUACUGAAAUGUCAGAAAUGAUGCAAUAUUGGUUGGAAACCAGCAUACGUCAACUCCUGUCUGUGUACGAACCAUGUGACAUUUUUAAUGCCAAUGAGACCGGCCUUUUGUACCGCCGUCUUCCCAACCACUCGCUAACAUUCAAGAGGGAAGACUUCAGUGAAGGUAAGAGAAGUAAUGAACGUCUAACAGCCAUGGUGUGCGCCAACAUGGAUGGAAGCGAGAAACUGCCUCUGCUUGUCAUUGGCAAGUCAAAGAAGCCACAGUGUUUGGCUAACGUGAAGUCACUACCAACGCAGUAUGAGGCAAAUAAAACAGCAUGGAUGACGUCUGACAUCUUUGAAGCAUGGGCUCAUAACGUCGACGAACUGUACCAAAAGAAAAAGCGAAAGAUCGCUAUCAUCAUUGACAAGUGUCCUGCACAUCCCCGCAUCACUAAUUUGAAGAGCGUCAAUCUGGUCUUUCUUCCCCCCAUUGCGACAGCUCAACUCCAGCCCAUGAAACAGGGUGUCAUUCAAAAUCUGAAAAUGCACUACCGCCGCCAACUCCUCACAUCGCUCCUUACAGCAGUGGACAAAAAGGAGGAGUACAACCCCACCGUGUUGGAUGCUAUGUUUCUCCUCAAGAAAUCCUGGAAAAAGGUCAAGGAAAGCACCAUCACUCACUGUUUUGAACUUGUUGGCUUUCAUAACAAGAAAGCCACUGCCCAGGACACCGAAACAGCUGAGCCUGACGCUGACAUCAACUCCUUCACUGAAGACAAGGACCUCUUUGAUCAACUGAGAGAUGCGGGGAUGGAUAUUCCACAGGAAAUAACGCUCGAAUCUUACGCCGCAGUUGACUCAGAUGAGCAAUGCACCAUGAAGCUCGUCGACGAUACAGUAUCCUCCAGCGUAGCAAAAGUUAACAAUAUUAAACAUGAAUAUGAAUCCCCAACCCCCCGCUCAGCUGUCUCCAUAGCAGAAGCCAUGCAAUACCUGGACAAGUUGCAAGAAUUUGCACUGCAGAAUGAUCACGCUGAGGGCAUGUUCGACGCCAUCUGUGACAUGGAAGAAGUCAUUGGUCUCAUUCGAAAAGGCGAAUCAACAGACUUUUUUAAGCACUAACAGCUGGGACCAUGACAAUUUUUAACCAAAAAUAGCUUUUUUCAAGUCCACAUGGCAUCAUGAGAGAUCCAUCCCCAGCACGGUGUUGAAAAUGUGCUGAGCUUUUAAGCUUCAUUGCGUUGCCAAAUCAGACUUCCCGAUUUGUUGCCAAAUCAGACUUCCUGAUUUCAGUAUUAUUUGUCGGGACAUUAACAGAUUUUAGGGUGGGGUUUUUUAAUUGUUUUUUUUUUAAGGAUUUUAAAAAAUUAUGUUUGAAAUUGGGAAUUUCUGAGGUUUGGGGGUAGGCAUGUUUUUACCUUUACAGAACAAAAGAAAUUGUAUUUUAGGGGUAUCUUUAGGACAAUUUAUACAAACAUACCAUUGACCCUAUGUUGUUCUUUAGUUCUUGGUGAAUCACCGAUCUCCUGUGAAUCACUGUGUUCUCUUACAGAAAUUAAGUAUGGGAUUUGUGGAUUGAUGCUGAAUUGGUUCAAGUCUUGUCUCACUGAUAGGUCUCAGCGGGUUGAGGCCGUAGGGCAUGCACCACCUGCUCCCCCCCCCCCCCCCCCCCCUGUGCUCAUUGCACUCUGAAGGUAAAGUCGGACAACUGCUUGCGGACUAGAUAAGGGCCUUCCCAGUGGGACAUGAGUUCAGGAGAGAUGCCUUUCUUCUUAGCAGGGUUGAACAUUAACACGAAUUUCUCCACCUCAUAGGCAGCCUCCUUGGUGCCCCUAUCAUCAUGUCCGCUUCUGGUGGCGUGCAAUCGUUCCCAGCCAUUCCCUCACUCCCUCACUCUGUCAUGAGCGACUUGCAUUCUCUCUUUCAAAUAUUCAGCUUAAUCCGUGGUUGGCCCCUCUUCUGCUGGGGUGGUCGUCUCUGUUUUAUAAUGUACAGUAUACAUGUACAGUGCACCAUGUACAGUAUACAUGUAUUUUAUAUAAAUAGCUUUUUUUCUUUAAUAUUUCUGAGAUACGUAUACUUGCAUUUGUACCCUGGGUAAAGACAUGGAAUAAUUACAUUU